AUGAAGAAGGGUGACUCUCGAGAGAUGUCGACGACGACGAGUUCGUACGAGACCGCGCUCACUACAGUGUCCAGGAACCGCGACAAGGAGUCCACCAAAGAACAAGCCAGUGGCCGCGGGUCCUUUCCUUCGUCAGUAUUGGCUCCAGUCACCGAAACCGUGCCCGAAGUACUCGAGUCGUCGGACUCCGGCAUUAACCAGUCGGGGAAGGCUAGCGCGUCCAUCAACUGCUCGCCUGUCGUCAGAAUGCCGAGUGAUCAAUGGCUACAGCGCCACCUGUCGCAACUGGGAAUACCGUACGUCCCGCGAACGGUACAGAAUGCGUCCGCGAUAUCUGCUCAUAAAUCCUCCAAGGCGAUAUCUGAAGAUUUGAAGGGAUCUAACAAACGUUCGCCGAAACCAUCUCAGGAACCUUCUGACAAACCUACCGCGGUGAUUUCGAAAGAAACUCUUAAGAAACCACAUGGCGGGCGUACCAAAGAACCUCCGAGGCAGUCUUCCAGGGAACAUUCCAAAGGACCAUCUGGAGGACAUUCCAACGAACCCACACAAGACUUUGCUAAGACGACGUUCAAAGAACUGUGCGAAGUACCACGAAGGGACAUUUCGGAGGGAACUUCCAAGGAACCUUCCCGGAAAUCUUUAGAAGCAGCUUCGACAAGGUCUUCCCAGCAAGCUUCGAAGGAAUCUGGCAAAAAAUCAUACGAUGAACUGUUCAAGAGGCCAUGCGCGGGACCUUCAAAAGCAGCUACCACGGAUUUUCCCAGAAUACCUCCAGAAUCAUCGACGCGACCUGCCGCAGAGCCCUCCAGAGAACGAACAGCCGCUCAGACGGUGACGUUGACAGAGGGCAGUGAAAGCUCGGACACUCGGGUGGGUCAUCCCUCUUCCAAGGAAACAGCGAGCGAAGUAAGCGCCUCGGCUUCCAAGCUUAAGGAGCGCGCCGACAAAGGGAUCGCCCCGAGUAAGAUCACCGAAAAGGACGCCGCGCACAGCCAGGCCACUAUAAGGCCGCUUCGAGGGACGGAAGCCGUGCGAUCUACGAACAUGCUGUCAGGAACCACGUCGCCAUUCACGGUGAACAGCGCUGUGUCCACGGGGAAGCCGUCAUUCGAAGACGCUGCGACCGAGGCUAAGAAUAAGGAACGCAAGGUUGAGCCCAAGACACAGCCCGAGUUCGGCGCCGUCGAUGUCGGGGACAAGCCGAAGAUUCUUGCGCAACCCAGCUUUGAGCGCAGGGUGUUCGCCCCGUCGCAUCCGCAGCAGUCGCCGCCUGGACGCGGGAACCAGCAACCUCGCAUGAAGAGCGGCCGUAUGGACAGGCCCAGCGCUAAACGGUCUCUCGUCAACAGACUCUUCGCCUUCGGCCUCUUUGUCCUGCUGGCGCUCGCCGUGGCACUGUUCAGUGUAGCUAUGCUGGAACACUGGUGGAACCAUGGCCGACCCACCGUCAAGGGCUUGUUCGGCACUGUCCGUGGGGAAAAGAUCACGGUCGGUGACCAUGUACACGAGUGGACCGUACACGCUUUCCUGGGCGUCCCGUUCGCCAAGGCGCCUCGAGGACCUCUGCGCUUCAAGCCUCCACAGCAACUGGACUCUCCACUGGCGAAGGGCAUCAGUGGCGGGACAUUGGGAAGUCUUGACAAGCGGCCGCCCUGCCCGCAGCAGGACUACUUCCUCGGUCAGCAGUUGGUCAACACGGCCAACGGUAGCGAGGACUGCCUGCACCUCAACAUCUGGGCGCCCGCUCGAAACUGCUCGCCCGAUGCGGAGCAUGGCUCAUGCCAAGGGAAGACCGUGCUCUUCUUUCUCUACGGGGCGUCCUUCCAAAAUGGCGGGAACAGCUUCGAGCUCUACGACGGCCGAUACCUGUCCGCCCUCGGUGACCUGGUGGUGGUCGUGCCGAACUACCGUGUCGGAACUAUGGGCUUCCUUAGCGGGCCGUCGCCCAACACGUUGUCAGGCAACGUGGGUCUGCACGACCAGCGUCUGGCCCUCUCGUGGACGCUGUCCAACAUCGAGUGCUUCGGUGGCAACGCGUCCCGCCUGGUGCUGGCCGGACACGACGCCGGAGCGACGUCCCUGGGUUAUCACCUGUUCGGCGGGGACUCCGGCUUCUGGACGCGCAAAGCGGCUCGGUUCAUCCUGCAGAGCGGGGGGCCCUUCCACAGGCUGCUGCUCUUUGCUGUUUUAUGCCAGUACGAGGGAGACGGUACCGAAGGCGCCAUUCGCCUGGCGACCAGCCUGCAGUGCCCCGCAGACUUGGUGACCGAGGCGUCGCUCCGGUGCCUGCAGAAUGCGUCCGCGGACGCUGUGGCCCGCAGCAAGAUGGCGCCCAGAUUCGUGCCUAUUUUAAAGAGGCCGCCGCUUUCCAGGCCGCAAUCCCGACAAGCGCUGGAGACGCCAGCCUCAAAUAUCUUGAAAACGCACGACGACGAGAUUAUACACGCGCUGUUACGCGCACGCGCACAGACGCCGGGACCCCAGGGGAAGCAGUUCCUGCUGGGCCGAGUGCAGAACGAGGGCGCCUACCCGUGGUUCGUGGAGCAGCAACGUACCGGCUCGAGCGAUCCCCAACAGCUCGCCGCGCGUCUUAUCGGCCACGACAACCUCGAUCGCUGGCAGAACGCCACGGGAGUCGUACUCGACCCGACCGCCGACGACGAGUCGUAUCAGGAGGCCGUGGGAGACGUGCUGGAGGCGUGUCCAAUGACCCAGCUGGCCGAACAGCUGCACGCGUCGAAGAACCGCGUGUACGCCUACGUGCUGGGCUACCGUCCCAUGUACUCCAGCUGGACGGACGAGACCGAAGCCGUCCACUUCGACGACAUGGAGCUGGUGUUCGGCGUGCCGCUCAGGCCGGGCUCGCCGUCCAGCCAGCUGGACAAGCAGUGGUCUAGGACUAUGAUACACGUGUGGUCCACGUUCGCGCGCACGGGGAAGCCACCCACCGUGAAGACGUCCAAGUGGCCGGCGUACGACUCGCACCGGCUCACAACCAUGAAGCUGGGACCGCGGGGAGUGACCGCGCAACGAGACCCCAAGUGGCAGCGCUGUCGUGCCCUACGCGAUUCCGGCGCUGCUCUGUCGACGUCGUCGUCGCCCUCAAGGGCGACGCACGGCCACUACGCCCAGACCAGAGAGCCCUGA